UCAGGUUUGGCCUGUGAUUCCGAGUCGGCCCGGGCACCUGGGGCGGCCUGGCUCAAGGCCGGAGCUCGGACACCCCCAGCCAGUCGGUAGCGCGCAAUGGAAAUUGGCCGUGAAUUAAAAUAAAAAACUGAAGGCGGGAGCGUGAGGUGAAGUGAGCGGAGAACGAAGUGACAGCGUGGGCCGGGAGCGGGGCCAACCGGCAGGCGUCCUGUCCCACCCCGGGGAGAGCGGGGCCGAACACCCACCCUUCCUCCGCUGCGUGCGGCCGAACCCUGCCGCCUCCACUGUUCAUUGAGUGAGUGUGGGGCGAAACACUUCCUGCCGUCUCUCUCCCCUCCUACGAGGCGGUGUGCAGCCAACCCUCCCUAACUAGUGUUCGGUCAUUCCACCUCCCACCUUGCGACGAGGAACAAGAGCGGUGAACGUCGCUAAUGCCGAACUAUUAAAUGGAAAAUGAUGGAAUUGUUGAAAAUGCCAAUUAUAAUCACAGUACAGGUUGAUGUGGUUUUAGCCAUUCUUACUGUCCUGGGAAUUGGAAGCAGACUGUGGGGGCUGCAGUACCCUAAAGCUGUUGUGUUUGAUGAAGUUUAUUAUGGACAAUUUGUUUCAUUGUAUAUGAAACAAAUGUUUUUUAUUGACGACAGUGGACCUCCCCUUGGUCACAUGAUUCUGGCUCUUGGAGCAUAUCUUGGUGGUUUUGAUGGAAAUUUCGCCUGGAAUAGAAUUGGUGCAGAAUACACAGGGAAUGUCCCAGUUUGGAACUUGAGGCUCUUUCCAGCUCUGGCCAGUGCACUCUGCAUCUCACUGGCAUACCAGAUUAUCAUCGAACUUAAAUAUUCUCACACCUCGGCUCUUAUUGCUGCUCUUCUUAUCAUGUUUGAAAACUCCUUAAUCACCCAGUCACGGUUUAUGCUUCUGGAAUCCAUUCUCAUUUUCUUUGCACUGCUGGCAGUUUUGUCUUAUCUGAAAUUCUACAAUAUGCUGAGAAGCAGCUCGUUUUCAGUGAAAUGGUGGUCUUGGCUUUUCCUAACUGGAACAGCAUGUGCAUUUGCUGUUGGGGUAAAAUAUAUGGGCUUAUUCACAUACUUGCUUCUGUUGACUAUUGCUGGAGCACAUACGUGGCAGUUAAUUGGUGAUACAACAUUAUCAAAUGUCACAGUGCUUUAUCAUGUUCUGGCCCGGGUAUGUGCACUUUUAGUCCUCCCAAUAAUCUUGUAUCUGGGCUUCUUCUACAUCCACUUGACCUUGUUGUACCGCACUGGGCCACAUGAUCAAAUUAUGACCAGCAUGUUCCAAGCCAGUCUGGAGGGUGGCCUGGCAAGGAUCACACAGGGUCAACCUCUUGAAAUAGCCUAUGGGUCCCAGAUUACGCUAAGGAAUACAUGGAGCAAACCUGUUCCAUGCUGGCUCCAUUCACACAAGAACAUGUAUCCCAUCAGGUAUGAUGGUGGAAGAGGUAGCUCCCACCAGCAGCAAGUAACAUGCUAUCCUUUUAAGGAUGUGAAUAAUUGGUGGAUUAUAAAGGACCCUGGCAAGCAAGAGCUGGUUGUCAGCAAUCCACCUCGCUCAGUUCGCCAUGGUGAUAUUGUGCAAUUGGUCCAUGGGAUGACAGCACGUUACCUCAACACGCAUGAUGUUGCAGCUCCUAUGAGUCCUCAUUGGCAGGAGAUUUCUUGUUAUGUUGAUUACAACAUCUCAAUGCCAGCACAGAACCUAUGGAAAGUGGAAAUUGUCAAUCGUGAAACUGAGAAUGAAGUAUGGAAAACUAUAUUAUCAGAAGUAAAGCUUUUGCAUGUGAACACUUCUGCAGUAUUAAAGCUAAGUGGUACUGCUUUGCCUGAUUGGGGUUACCGCCAGUUGGAGAUUGUUGGAGAUAAAACUUCCAAGAUUUCGCACCAGAAUAUGGCUUGGAAUGUUGAAGAACACCGAUAUGGGAAAAGUGAGGAGCAGAAGGAGAGAGAGUUAGAGCUUCAAACUCCAGCACAGAUGGAUGUCAGCAAGAACAUGAGCUUCAUGGCCAAAUUCCUAGAAUUACAAUUGAAGAUGUUGAUGUUGAAGAAUGAAGAGACUGAACACAAGUACAGCUCUUCCCCUCUAGAGUGGAUAAACAUGGACACCAAUAUUGCUUAUUGGCUCCACCCCAGCACCAAUGCACAGAUCCAGUUGAUUGGAAAUAUUGCAACAUGGUCAACAGCGACUGUUGGAAUUCUUGUUUAUGCAGCACUUUUCCUCUGGCAUCUACUGAGGCAGCGCAGGAGGAUCUACACAAUUCCACCAGAUUCCUGGGAGCACUUAGUGCUGGCUGGAGCGGUCUGCAUUGGAGGAUGGGCUGUUAAUUAUCUGCCUUUCUUCUUGAUGGAGAAAACUCUUUUUUUGUAUCACUACCUGCCAGCUCUCACCUUCAAAAUACUCCUCCUGCCUAUCGUUGUCGAGCACAUUCACAAUCACAUGCUCAGGUCUUCUGUCUCCAGAAACACAUUCAGUGCAGUGGUCUUAGCUUGGAUCUCCUCUGUCUACUUUGUGUAUCAGACAUUUAGUCCUUUCACCUACGGGUACCCAGCUCUUUCAACAUCAGAGUUAACGGCAUUGCGUUGGAGAGACAGCUGGGACAUUCUUAUACGUAAGCGAUAGCAAACAAUGGAUGAUUACUGAGACAGACAGAACGCAGCCUGCACAAGCACUUUGAAGUAAUAACAGCCUACGUUGAUCUACAUUAAUUUUGCAAUUAAGCAACGAGGUAAAGAGCAAGGUUAUUGACUAUCAAUAGUUACUUAUGAUGGGCUUGCAAUGAAAUGGACUUCUGACAGCAUCAUCUCAGAAUCAUUUGAUGUAUUGAGAGCUGUACAGUGCAUAAGAUGUGGGACCAUCUAUGUCUUUGAUGCUAGGCAUAAAGAAAAAACAUGGUAUUUGAAGUUUAAGUAAAGCUAUUAGCAUGACCCAGCGGUUAUAACACUAUAGUUUGAGUCAGAUGAUCAUGACAGUGAAAGUAUUAUGAUUAUGUACACCUUAACAAUUAUGAUCAAUUUUGAAAUUCUACAUUGUUGUGCCACGUUUAGUGCCUUAUGACAACAGAGCUUUCUGUUCAGGUGAAAGGAAAAAGCUACUACUGCCAACUUUGCCCACAUAUAAAGUAGCAACUAAUUGCUUGAUUGUGAAAUGGCAGAAAGAGCUUAGAUAUCGAUGGUAUAGCCAAUUCAUUAAAGGAUCUAAAAAUGUGUAGAAGGACAGGAUUACUGUGUGCUAUUUUAAUUUUGUCUAGAGGAAAAUUUAUCCUACUUUUCUGUAAUUAAUUGAUAUGGAAUUUUGUAUUUUUUUGGACUAAUGAACUAAUGUACCAAUGAAACUAAUUCCAGAACUUCAAACCAUCCUCAACUUUGCCCUAAAUGGAGGUUUACAUGGAUGGCUUUAAAAUCAGAACUACAAACUGCAUACAUGAAAUAUCAUGAUUGUUACUAAUGCUUGUAUGCAUGUAGAUUGUAUUUGUUUCAUAAUCAUUAUGACACCUAUUAAAGUCCUGUUCUUUGAGGUAAA